AGAAGGCCGGGAAGAUGGCGGCCUCCUGGAGGCUAGGCUGUGAUCAACGGUUGCUGCGUGGGCUGGUUAAGGGGGCUGCUGUGUGGUCUGCCGGCCGUGGAGCUAGUUGGAGAUGGUUUCACAGCACGCAGUGGCUGCGAGCUGAUCCUAUUACGAUACUAAUGCCAUCACUGUCUCCUACAAUGGAAGAAGGGAACAUUGUGAAAUGGCUGAAAAAGGAAGGUGAAGCUGUGAGUACUGGAGAUGCCUUAUGUGAAAUAGAGACUGACAAAGCUGUGGUUACCUUAGAUGCAAGUGAUGACGGCAUCUUGGCCAAAAUAGUGGUUGCAGAAGGAUCUAAAAAUAUACGGCUAGGUUCACUAAUUGGUUUGCUAGUUGAAGAAGGAGAAGAUUGGAAACAUGUUGAAAUUCCCAAAGAUAUAGGUCCUUCGUCACCAGCUUCAAAACCAUCAGUGCCUUGCCCUUCACCAGAACCACAGAUUUCUACCCCUGUCAAAAAGGAACACACACCAGGAAAACUACAGUUCCGUUUAAGUCCAGCUGCCCGCAAUAUUCUGGAAAAACACGCACUGGAUGCUAACCAGGGCACAGCCACUGGCCCUCGGGGGAUAUUCACUAAAGAGGAUGCUCUCAAACUGGUCCAGUUGAAACAGAUGGGCAAGAUCACUGAAUCCAGACCCACCCCAGCCCCGCCAACCAUUCCCACAGCGUCUUUACCCCCACAGGCCACAGCCAGGCCAUCUUAUCCCCGGCCAAUGAUCCCUCCAGUAUCAACUCCUGGACAGCCUAAUGUAGCGGGCACAUUCACUGAAAUCCCUACUAGCAAUAUUAGAAGAGUUAUUGCCAAGAGGUUAACUGAAUCUAAACGUACUGUACCUCAUGCAUAUGCUACUACUGACUGUGACCUUGGAGCUGUUUUAAAAGUUAGGCAAAAUCUGGUCAGAGAUGACAUCAAAGUAUCAGUAAACGAUUUUAUCAUCAAGGCAGCAGCUGUUACCCUUAAACAAAUGCCGAGUGUUAAUGUAAGCUGGGAUGGAGAGAGCCCAAAGCAACUGCCCUUUAUUGACAUUUCAGUGGCUGUGGCAACAGAUAAAGGGUUAAUUACACCAGUCAUCAAAGAUGCUGCUGCUAAGGGUCUGCCAGAGAUUGCUGACUCUGUGAAGGCUCUGUCAAAGAAAGCUAGAGAUGGAAAAUUGUUACCUGAAGAAUACCAAGGAGGAUCUUUUAGUAUUUCCAAUUUGGGGAUGUUUGGCAUCGAUGAAUUUACUGCAGUGAUCAACCCUCCUCAGGCCUGCAUUUUGGCUGUUGGGAGAUUCCGACCUGUGCUGAAGCUCACUCAGGAUGAAGAGGGUGAAAUGGGUGGUGAUACCCGCCCCUGCCUGCCUUACAGAGCUGACAUGGACUGCACAGGAGAAAUGCUCUGUAAAUUCAAGACAUUUUAAUUCUUCAUGGACAUCACAGCCAGGCUUUUCAUAUAAUCAGUUGCUUCUCAUGGUUUGACUUUUCAUGGUUUGACUUCUCAGCUGUUGGAACAAAUGCCCGUUCAUUCUGACCAAAAAAUAUUUUCUAUACUAUUUCUAUACUGCUUAGGUUUAUGUAAGAAAAUCAUCAUUUCUAAAAAUAGUUCUGUUGCAGCGUGAGGUCAGAGAAUAACACUGAUUUGAGAAAAGGGGUAUGGUGUCUUGACUGGGAUCCUUAAACAGAGGAUGAACUGUGUGCUGUAUGAGCAGGCUGUCUUCCACGUUAUAAAUUUAUACUUACUUGUAGUACUGAUAGGGAUCACACUGAGAGCAUAUGAAAAUGAAAUUUUAUACCUUUUUUUUUUUUUCUUAUUUAAACAAGGAAAAUGACCAAAAUGUUGGGAAGACUUCUAAGGAAAAGGCAACACACAUUCUAGUUAACGCUUGGGCAUGAAAAUAUCAAUGAAUAUUAAAAUUUAUAAGUCAAAACGGCCCUGCUUCUCCCUGAUUGCGACUUCGAGUUAACAUCUUCAGGCACAGUUCACUGUCUAUUUUGUGGCAGAUUAAAAUCUUCAGUAUACUGCUGGCCAGACUCCUUUGUUUGAAACAUUACUAAGAAAUUGAUACAUACUGGUAUAAGUGUUUUAUAUACAUGUCAAAUGGAACUUCUAUUUUCAGAUUUUUUUUUUCCUUCCUGCAUUUUAGACUUAAUUUCACACUAAAUUGUACAGGCCAGAUAUUUGGGCAUUAUGCUAAAAGUAAAACUAGUUUCCUAACCUUUUAUUGAAAGAUAGGUGGUGCUGUGAGUUAAUAUAUUGUAGUUAGAGUGUGGGAGAAAAAUAAAACUGACAAUUCUCAGUUUUCAAGGAAAAUUUGUCCUUAUUACUCAUUGCAUCAUGGUGGACUUUUUCUCAGGUGAAGUGAGGAAAUGAAAGAACCAAGCGUAUUGCUGGUAAGAAUUAACCAUUAUUUUAAAUGGUGACGUUAUUAAUGGGAAACUUUUGUUGACUUUUGAAAAAGGAAGUAACAGGGCAGAAUUACUUUCAAGUUAAUCUGGCCACAAUAUGCAAGGUAGGUCAAAAUGGAGAGGACAGCCAUCAGCAGGACCAGCUGGAAGCUUUUGCUAUAAUGAAAGUGUCCAUUGGUUAGAUUCUGUACCAGGUCAGGGGCUUUAAAGACGGGAGAAACUUAAGAAUAUUCGACAUGUUCAUUUGCUGUGUAUAUUAUGAAUAUGUGGGGUUGGUGUGUGCUAUCGGAUAAUGCAGCAACAGUGAUGCAGUUUCCCAGUCCAAAACACCACCCUCCAUGGCCCCCAUCACCAGUGUACAAAAGGUUAAGAUUCUGAUAAGUUAUGUACAGCAAGUGGUAUAUUUCAGGAAACAUUUAAGCUUUUUGUAAAUGGGAAACACAACAGUUUUCUAAUAAAAUCAUUUGAAAUA